AUGGGUUCCGACCACGCGUCGGCUGCCGCCGUCGCCCUCUAUGGCGCCCCGGACGAGUACAUAGGCGAGAAGCAGAUACCCAGCUCCAGCAGGCGCACGCCCGUCAUGCAGGUUGAGAUGACUCAGGACGUCAUCGACGACAUGCUCCAGAGCAUCCGUGACGGUCGUCCCCCGAUGAUUCAGUUCAGCCAGAACCCCAUCCUCAAGAUCGGAGACACCAAGAUCGUCCUCGACGCGACAAAGGAGAAGUUCAGGAACGAGCUGUACCAGACCGUCGGCACCGACCCGGAAGACGGCAGCAACCAUGUCGCCAGCGACUUUUUUGGCACCGUCGACUACCGACUCGCUCUCCAGAGGGCUAGUGAAGCCAGUCGGGCUAUGAACAGGACUGACAGCGCUCUGGAAACUCUCAAGUCGAACAUGGAGGCAAUCCGCAAGUCGAAAGAAGCGCCAAAGUGGGAACCCGUCAUUGUCAGCCAAAUUCAGUUAAACAUGCUAACUUCUAAACGCCGAAGGGUAUCCAUGGACAUCGACAUCGACAAAAUGAAGCGGCUCCAACAGAACAGGUAUGUUAAGACAAGCCGCGGAGCUGUCCUCGGCAGUAGACUGGUCGCUUCAAGCUCGAAUGCGUCGAGCCCUGCCCUUUCCGCCGCCUCGCCGCGACCGACCGCACCGACCUCUGCACCAAUCUCCAAGAAAACGUCGGCCAUAGAAUCAGCGUUACGCAAGGCCCUCGUCCACAUGCUCGCUCUUAAGCCCGUGAAGCUGCAGGAUCUCGCUCGUAAGAUGAGGAUUGCGAAGGAGGACAUCUCACCGACCUUGGAAAAGAUUGCGAAGGAACAGGGAGGAGAAUGGAAGUUGACGGACAAGGCAUACAAAGAGUUGGAUCCGUUCAGCCCAAGCAUUCGAUUCUGGACCGAGGAGGAGCGUAAGCAGGCAAUCGAAAAUGCCAUCCGAGCCCUGGAUCGCCAGAGGCUUGAUCCUCAUGACAAGAUCUGGCAGAACCUUCUUCCGGAACAUGAUCGCGGCAAGGGAAAGGUUCUAUCCAAGUUGAGUCUGAGUGCCUCCAGCACCGCGCCGAAGUCGUCGACCCCGUCCUUGAAGCCAUCUAUGGGUAACAAGCAGAGGCUUGCCCAGAUGACGAAGAAGAAGACAGAACCCAAGAAGAAAGAACCAAGGAAGAAGAAGAGUGAGGAGGAUGCGUUCGGUAUCGCCACACAGAAGAAGCCCAAGUCUUCUGCAGCGGAGAGCACAGCUGCAUUGGGACAGAAGAAGCCACUUAAAAGGACGGACGGCGAAGAGAAGGAAGCUACAGCUCUCAAGAGGAAGAUCGAGAAGGCUUCCAGUGAGGAAGACACCGGGCGGACCACCUUACUGAAGACUACGAAACGCCCAAUGGCUGAAGACCAGGCUGGUCAAAGCACGCCCAAGAAAGUCAAGAGGUCUACCCCCGACGAGGGAGAGGUCAGCCAGGUUGCGAAGAAAAAGUUACCGAAGGCGGCGAGCGAAGGCAACAAAGGUGUCCAGAACACAGUUCCGCAGAAGACAGCCCGGAUUCCGAAGGACACCACCGCCAAGUCGAGUGCAACGGCUGCGUCUGCCAAGCUUAACAAAGAGAAUGCUCAGUCAGAACCAAAGGUCGGCAGCAAGCCUGUCACUAAGAAACAACUACAGUCUACCAAUACCGCUCCCACAGCGGCAGCCUCCAGGAAGUCUGCAAGCAAGUUGAACGAGCAGAAAGCGGCCGAGCACACGGUUGGGAAGAGCAUACAACCCAAGAUCAACGGGCUGCCAUUCACUUCUACAAAGAAGGUGGCGGAUGCCGUAUCCUCCAAGAAUCCAUCAUCGACUGGAUCUCCGGUCACCAAUUCCGACGUGGAGAAGUCACGCGCGGUCCACAAGUCUUCGACCCCCGGCAACUCCGACCGUACUUUGAAGCGCAAGGCGAACGACAUCGACAGUGACAUUCACAAGCACGACGUCAACAUCAAACACCGCAAGACCACCGGACACACUCCCAUGUCCAACACUGCAGCUACAGCGACCCCUCCUAGCAGCGAGAGAACUUUGCUGAAGCGCAAGGUUGAAGGACCUAUGGUGGAAUCCAAGCAGCCUACGGCUAAAAAAUUGGCCGCUACUUACAAGGCUCCCAAGCCGACGCAAACCCCGACACCCAGCUACUCUGGAGCGUCAUCAAUCUCUUCGACCUCGUCAACCCACUCUCACCAGCCGAGCGCUGGACAUGUUCACCACCACGAUUCCCCGCAGAGCUUUCACGAUGCUAGCUCUGCUUCACCCGAGCAGGGCCAGCCUCUGAAUGUCCGCCGUGCGAUCGAACUGAGUGCCCAGUUCAAGCGCUGCUAUGCCAAAUACCAUGCGCUGUACAUCUCCAUCCAGAGCCGCCAGAACAAGCCUCCGACGGAGCAGGAGCUCGAGGAGAUCCGCAAGAAGGCGGCCAUCCUCAGCAACAUGAAGAAGGAGAUCAAGCGGCUCACGGCUAACCCAGAGGAUAAUUGA